UUAGCACUAGUUGGUAUUGCUCGAACGUUCAUUAAAACCGUUGAAAAUAUCAAAUAAAAACUGUGUAUAUUAUAACAAUUAAAAGUUAAUUGUGCAGUUGAUAGUGCAUAUUAACGCCAGCAAAAUGUAUUUUUUGGCAGUGCUUGCGUUUAUUGGAAAUGCCAAAGAUAGCAACGCUGUGAGCUCCAGCCUCAUCCAGGGUGGUCAUUGCCGCGAUUACAAUGGCAAACUGUAUGAGACUGGCAUGCAUUACAUGCCCGGGCCGGACUCCUGUCGACUCUGCAUCUGCGAUAGCGGUUUGCCCAAGGCGUGUAAAAUGGUGCUGUGCGAGGCCUUCAGCAAGUGCAAGUCCUUUCAAACUGUGGGCAGCGGCAACAACUGCUGCGAGGUCAUCUGCCUCGAUGAUCAGUUCAGCGAUGGCAGCACUGAUUUUGGCAUUUGACUGGUGGCCAGUGGCAUUACGGCCACGCUAUCCCUAUCCUUGCUCUUCUUCUUGGUCAAUCGAUUAAGACAGCGGAAAAUGCGAGCACGCGAGAAUCGUCAGAACGCGGAGGAUCAGCGCAGUAUUGUGGGUAGCAUUGGUUACAUUGCCGGCAACAUGGGUUACAUGGAGGGCAAUCUGAGUGCUAUGGACUAUUCGUAUGGCGCAGCUACCACGCAUUAUCCACUGUGGAAGCCACCAAGCGGCUAUUUUCCGCGGGGCGAGGCACCGCCGCCGUACGAGGAGGCCGUCGCAAUAUCCCAGGCGGAGGCAUUAAGCGCUCAGUGCACCGUAACGCUGCCCAGCCAUGUGCAGCGCCAGGCUGUGUCCAGUGUCAGUCAGCAACAGCAGCAGCAGCAAAUGCAACAACAGCAGCAACUGCAGCAGCAGCACCUGCAGCAACAUACGCUCCAGCUGCACACCCAGCCACAGCAGCAUACACACCCACAUGCAUACGCACAACAGCUGGUGCCCGUGACUGCAGCGCAUCCGCAUGCGCAUCAAUUGAGUGCCGCGGCCGCUGCUGCAGCUGCCGCACAAUCCAAUCAGUAUACGCAGAGCACUACGAAUCUGAUUAAUAUAAACAUCAAUAGCGGCGGCGUAACCACAAUCGCCACUGGCGAGAAUCACCAACCACCUUACAGCUUGCAAAGCGAACAGCAGCAACAGCAGCAACAGCAGCAACAGCAGCAACAGCAGCAGCAGCAGCAACAUCAACCACCGACGCCCAGCAAUUCGAUCUGUGUGCAAACCCUGCCCACUCCCAAGCCCAGUGUCAAUAGCGAGUGCAGCUAUAAGAAUUGUCAUCUCAAUAUAAGUGCUAGUGUAACGACCGCAGCGGCUACUGCUGCUGGCAGCGCCUCCAGCUCGCUGGCCUAUGCAGCAGCACGGCGAACGCCACGCGGCUCGCAGGAACUGCUGCAACAGCAGCCGCAGCAGCAGCAACAGCAGCAAUAUCUGACUGUAGCCGAUGUGGAGAUUAAUGCAAGCGCAAGUGCCGCUAGUUAUCAUUCACUGCCAGCCACGACUGACAUGCUGGUCACGCCCACACACCACCUGUCACAGCAGCAGCAGCAGCAGCAACAACAACACCAUCACCAGCAACAACAGCAACAGCAGCAGCAAUUACUCGCAGCAGCUUUGUCCACGACUGCCAUAGACAUGCUGCCAGCCAUGGACAUAGCGACGAUAACAACGCCGCCCACAUGCAGCAGCAGCACAGCUGAGUCGGUCACACAAACGCUGCCCUUACCGCUGCCGCUGCACGCCGCUCUCAAGUCACAGCAGCAGCAACAACAACAGCAGCAGCAGCACGGCAGCAAGACGCCCUCUAGCUCGCGUCGCUAUCAUCGCACCAUUCCGCGCUACUUUGCUGUGGCCGAUCCGCUGCAGGUGGUUAAUGUCAAGCCAAAGUCUAGCAUGAGCACCAACGUCAGCUCCAGCUCCACUUCCAGCACAGACAAGGCGAGCAAGAAGCCCAUGUGCCAGUGCCCCAUACAGCAUGUGCCCAUGUCCUACAUGGGCAGCAAUGCCAAUGCCAAUGCGAACGCAUUCCUUAGCGGCGCUGGCAAGCUAUUCGCAUCCAAUGGCAGCAAUGCCUGCGCCCUCUCGCCCAGCUCCAGCACACGGCAUGCCGCGACGCUGGCGUAUGGUCAGCGCGCCAAGUCCACAACUAAUCUCCAGCUGCAGCAGCAGCACGGACAGGAUCUGCUUGGCAGCCGCAGUGCCUGCGCCUAUGACACAAAGAUUGCAACCAUUUCGAAGCAGGUGGGCGACGAGCUGCAGAUGCAGCCACAUCCAUCGCACGGCUCGAGCAGUGUCUCCGCCAUAAUACCGCCGCCGCCGUUGCAGCAUCACGACGAUGUCAGCGCUCCACCCAUUGUAUUGGGUCGCGUGCAAAAGCGUUCCAGCAGCUCGAGCAGCGCUGCUGAACGAGCCCGCAGCAGCAGCGGCGGACGCAGUGCGUCCAGCAGCGGAUCAGCAGCUGCUGCCCAAUCCGGCGUCGAUAUGCUCUCCAGCGCCUACUUGAAUCGAAAGGUUGAUGCAUACUUGAGUUUGACGCAGAAACAGCAGCAACAUUUCUAUAACCAGCAAGAGCAGCAGCAGAAGCAGCAACAACAACACAACAACGAUCAAAGCAAUCCAACUUUACCACCGAAACUCAACAAAAGCCUAACGAAUUUAAAAACCGUAUCAACCACUGCCACCAGCAGCUGCAGUACGAACAGCCACAGCAACAGCGCCAUCAACAGCAACAGCAACAGCAACAAUAGCAGCAGUAGCAGCAGCAGCAACAGUAGCAGUGGAGGCAACAACAACAAUGCUGUGGCCACCAUUUACACCCUCAGCAAGUCGGCGGGCAGCAGCGUACAUCAGCGGAAGGAGCAGGCGCCAACAUUGACGCUGCCGCCGAACAGCCCCUCGUCCAGCUGCGGGGAGAAGUCGAGCGGCAAAAUCAAUUCGAGUACAUUUUAUCCGCUGGCCAACAAUCAUGUCACCUACACGCUGCCCAAGCACAUCAGCGGCAAGAUCUCGCUGAACAGCACCAUCAACAGCGUGGUCAGCAAGGUGCCCUCGGUGAUCAGCAUACCCCCAUUGGAGAACAACAAUGAGAAGGCAACGGUGAGCAGCAAGAGCACCACACUGCCCAAAAUAUUGCGUGUGAAACGGGACAGCGAACGAAACACAGCAUCGACCUCUGCAACAACAACAGCAGCAGCAGCAACAACAACAGGAGCAGCAGCAGCAGCAGCAGCAGCAGCAUCAUCGACAGCAACAGCAGCAGGAACAACUACAAAUAGCAAAUCGAUUGCCCAUUGCCAAAUGCCCAGCUAUCCGCAGCUGGUGGCCAAGGCGCAGAGCGGGCGCGGUGGCACGCCCAGCAAGCAGCUGCCAGUGUGCACCACAUCGAAGAACUGUUUGAAUCCUAACGAGCAUUUUCUGCCCAACGAUACCAGCCUGGACGACGACUAUCUAAGCGAAUGCGAGAACUGCAAAAUCGCACAGAGUGCCAAAUACUAUCUAGACGCCGAGAUGAGCGGAGGUGGUGGAGCCAGCGCCCUAACACCACAGGAGACUAUGACGCUGCAGCGCAAAUCACUGGAGGAGACAAAAGAGGAGCCGCACGACAGUUACUACCGCAGCUCGCACACGCUGCCAAGCAAUGCCAAGAAGCAUGGUGUCAGCAAAAACAACAAUCGCGAGGCGUGGCAGUUCUCCACAAUCCCUGCGGCCAGUUCGUCGGAUGAGGACGUCAACGAAUGAGAUUUGAGCCAUUUUCUUUAAGAUGCCACACCCACACCCAAAUGCCAAAACAAAAAGUGCAUCCUAAAGAAAAUGCAGGCUUCUACUUCUGUACCCAACUCGCAACCCUAAUGGCAUAUACUAAAUAAAUAAAUACAUACAUAGAUAAAAACCUGAUUAAAACCGUGAAAUAUAUUUGUAAAGAAUGAUGUGCUAAAUUUAGGUGUAUACUUAUAAUAUAUGUACUUGCAAAUUGCUCAAAGAUAUUUAUAUAUUUAUGUAGCUAUGAUAACCAACAUUGGCAUGUAAAAUUUGCUUUAUUCUGCACAAAUAUAUGUACAUUUGUAACUAUGUAAGUAAUUCAAAUUGUAUCAUAAUAGAGUUGCAAACGUUAUUCAAAUCGUUAGAGAAAAUGUCAAAAUUGUUAAAGAUUAUAGUUUGUUAGGAAGAAAAGCAAAAACAGAAUAGAAUUAUAAUACACUGAAAUCAACUAAAAAGAAUGACAAUGCAGAAAGUUGAAAUUACAAUUUUUCGAUUUAUACUAUAGUCGAUCCACAUAAAUAUAUAGCAUGUAUUGCUUGUUUUAUAUGUGUAUAUAUAUGUAGAGCAAAUAAUGAUUAGUCAAGAUCGAAAUUGAAAGAACACAAACUCCAAUUUGCCAAAGAUAACUGUCAAUAAAUUGUAUUAUGUAUGUACUAUAUAUAAAAACAACAUGCUCUGUAUGUUAUAUGUAAGCUGACCAAAUUUGCGGGUCAUAUCCCCAGCUAAAACCAAAGCUCACACACAGAAAUAGUAGCAAAUAAUAAGCAUUCAUAAAUACUAAAUACACUCACGCUCACAGUCACCCAUUUCAAAAAUGUAAAUGUUAACUAUCUAAGAGAGCUGAAGCUGAAUUACUAAUUGAAGAAAGGCGAUUGAAUUGUAUGUGUGUUGUAUAUUAAGUAUACGCAUGGAUAUCCAACAGCACUUUAAGGUGUUCAAUGUAAUUAAACUUAAACAAACAAAUUUAAAAAGAAUAUAUAUAAAUAUAUAUAUUAGAUUGAUUUCUUGCUUAGGAAAUAUUGAAUUGUACUUGUUAUAUGUAUGUAUUAAAUAGUAUUCUUCUAAUUGUGUUAAACAAUUAUAUUGAAUAUUAUUUACUUGAAAUGUCUAUUGAUAGUACGACACAGACUUAUGACAAAUAUUUAAAACAAAC